GGCACUGCCGGAGAACGGUCGAAACCAUCACCGCACGUCGUCACAAAACACUGUACGCACGGCUCGAGUCGAGAUCGCUUGAUACGCCUGCUAGUAACUCUGCGCCGUGCCGUCUGGUUCGGUCGUCGUCAUGACCAGUCACUUGCGCAGGAUGAGCUAUUGCAGGUCCUCCGAGGAGGUGAUGAACUCGGCAAAGAGUUGGAUGCAGAAAGAAGUGAGCAGCAGCCACCAACCUCUCUACUGCUGGGCCGAAGCCGGCGCAUGGCCACCGCGCGGCUGUUACCGGGACUCGGUACGAUCGUCGCUCCACGACGAGGAGAUGGUGGGCCUUCGAUGCGAGUGGGAGCGCAAGACAGACAGGAAGUUCCACCAGAAUCAGCUGCGUCUCCAACAGGAGCGCCAGCGGGAGCAGGCUGACAGGCAGCUGCACGACAGGAGAGACAGGCUCAUGCAAGUGCUGGAGAAUGAGAAGAAAGUGCUUGAAGGAAAGCUGACUGCCUUAAACUUGGCUGAGAAGUCAAGUAGGCGUCAGCGGUGUUGCAGUCCUAAAGAAAAGAAUUCCCAACUCACUGAAACGAUCAAAACAAAUCAGUAAAGUGGGACAGCACCCUUUUUUUACCCUUUCCAUCUACAGCGAAUUCCUUGGCCAAGUGGCAGCUGACUUCUGCGCAGUACUUCAUGGUACUUUCAAGCAAUGUAAAGCUACUAGCACAGUGCUGUAACAUCUUGGAGCCAGAAUAACACCGCACAUUAAUUGUAUUCAAUAGCAUACCAAGAAUUCAUGAUGAUCAAUAUGCUAAAUACUUAGGAUCUAAGAACAAUGCAAAUGCAGAGAAUAAUCUUACAAGUUUCUCAGAUUGUAAUAUGUAACAUCACUUCACAAGAAAGUUCCUUUCCCUCUUUUUGUGCUCUGCACUGAUGAAACCAUCAGCUGUACAGAACCAAAGUCACUGAAAGGCACAAAUUUGCACUCUUUCCGCUAAAAAAUGAAAUCUUUAGCCACGCCUGACCCAAGAAAAUGUCUGCUGUGGCUGCUUCUGUAACCUUUAGCUGCUGAACUGAGUGACAACCGCGUCUUGUUACAAGCUAUGGUGUGUGGUGAAUCUUGUCUUUCUUGGGACUUUCUUGUUUGGAAUUGGUGACUAGCUGCAAAGUUCACAAGAAAAAAAAAAGGAGAAAGGAAAAGAAAAACCAGGAUUGAUGUACCAACCAGAUUCUCAGGUCAACACAUUAGCAGCUAGAAUGACAGUGGACUACCGCAAACUGCCAUUUGGUAAUGCAAGCAAUAGUUCUGUCUAUUAUACAGCAAAGCAUUCAUUAUCACGCCCAGAUCACUUUCUUUUUUAACAAAGCAAGCAAUUAAGAACCUGCUUGCGAGUAUGAGUGAACUGUAUAUGUACAGCCAGCCACAAGAUUUUGCAAACCACAGAAUCCAAGAAAAAGGUUAAUAGCUAAUCAGCCUCGCAAUGGAGCCUGGUGUUCGCAUUUCCAGUUUCUGCUAGUAUAUGCAAAUAACAUAGUGACGUACAGUUUUACUGGCUAGUUUUACAGGCUGCUCCGAAAUUCAAUGUUUUACGAGACCCCCUGGUUCGUUGACUUUUGUGGUUGACUGUACAUCACUGGCAUGCAACAACACCGGAAACACAUGCCUGAAUCAUUACUGGCAAAGCGGUCUUGGCACGCACUACUAACUAAACACACCUACACUAGACAUCCUCUUCCUUUCUGCACUGGAUUCCAGCUGUCAAAAGUGAUUGUCACAUGUUAAACUGCCGACAAAAACAUUUCUACCACAGCUGAAAAUACACACAAACGCAGUUAGGUUUCGGUAUACUAAAGAGACACUUAGACAAAGACCAAUCACUGCAUGCACAAAAAGGGCUCAACGCACUAAGCAGAGCGACGAGUAGUGAGACUGACAGCAAGGAUUAUCCCGACAUGGUGCACAAGGUACUGCAAUGUGCUAACAUAACUGAAAUUACAUUCGCAAAACUGGCAAAUUCACAAGAAUCAAGAUAUACUUUUUGUGGUCGUAUUGUACGCAAACACUAAAAAAGAUUAUAACGCAUUAAGGUGACGAUAAGCCGAAUACAAACUUUGCAUGACUGAAGUUUAUUGAAAAUUUUUUCAUAAAAUUCGGUACUACAUGGUUCGAUUUUUAAAAAAAGACCAGCAGGUAAAGCCAAUAGCCCACCGAGUCAUUCCCUUAGCCAAGGGAUGUGUGGGGGCAGGAGAACAAACAGUGUGCAUCCAUUUAGCUCAUGUGGCCCACACUGUUCAUGCCAGCUGAUGAGAUAAGCACCAACUGUGAGCUGCCAUUAAGAUGACAUUUGGCAAGAAGUUUCACUUACAGGAAAAAGCUCAGUAGAAAAAAUGAAAGUGAUAAGCUGGGCCACUCAGUCUCAUACUUUCAGGUAGCACGUCCACAAGUGAACAGUUAAGGAAUUAGGAAAAGAAGUUGCUAGCAACAAUUAGUUUGCUGUAUAUGAACGUCCGACAGCGCAUUCAUAAUGAAAACUGUGCCAAUUUAGUGAAGAUCGGGAAAACUGGCAAAUGGUAUGCAGGUGUGGGGAUUAAACUGGCAGCCCUAGGUCACAACUAGGGUGGCAACCCUAGUUGUGCAGUGAUGCAGACAGUGCAAUGGCACGACAUGACACUCCCCCUUGCAACACCGUCAAAAAUCAAAUGAAUGUGCCGUUAUUCUCAGCACUCUCAAAAGAGUACUGACACAAUACUUUUUCCCAACUUUUCAUCACUAUGUCAUCGAACAGCUGCGACAUUGUGAUCACAGUAUUAGGCCUCAAUCCAGCAAAGAAGAGACAACUGAGAACCUUCCAACCAAAGUUGAAAAGUGAAGGAACAUUUCAAAUUCAAAUUUAUUUACACUGAAAUGUCACAAUACAGAUAAGCAAAAAAAUGUUUGGCAAUACAUACACGCAGAAACUUUUUUUUCCCUCCGAAAUGUACAAAGCGGAUUCAAAAGGCCCAUUUGCUUGUGCUGGAGAUGGCCAAGUGGUUUUUGACAGAACACAGCGUGCUCUAAAAUCACUAAACUGGGCUGCUUAAUUGGGACACGUGCGAAUGCUUCAUGCGUGGAGUAGCAGGCCAGAGACACUUACUCAGGCCGACCACUCCAGCUUUCUGCCAUUAUAUUUCUUCCCCUCUCUCUCUCUCUCUCUCUCUCUCUCUCUCUGUGUGUGCUUGUAUCAUCACCACUUUCAAAUUAUGCAAUGUCACCUGUGGCAGUAAUCUGCACUUUACCUUAUUUGCAUUUUAAUAUGGUAAAUUUAAAAGGAUGAUAUAGCUACAGUAGUUCGCAUGGUGGAUAAAAUUAGCCACAAUAUCACUAGGUCGAUAGAUAUCCUUUAAAGAAAAAAAAACAUGAGUUGGAAAAAUCUGGUGUCAGUACUCGU